CAUUCUCACAUUCAUUUACAGUAAAUUUCCGUUUUCUCUAAAUAAUACAACAUUUGCAAGUCCAGGGUUUUUCCAUUGCAUAAACCCAUCAAGCGACGUCGUCACUUACAGCCCCUAACAGGAUCAUGGCGGCGGCGGCAGUAGCCGAAGCCCGGAGGCUUCCGCGGCCGGGCCGCGGCGGCGUCAUAUCUCACGGACUAUCGGAAGAAGAAGCUAGGGUCAAAGCAAUAGCCGAAAUCGUAUCCACAAUGAUCGACCUCUCGCGCAGAGGCGAAGAUGUCGACUUGAAUGCCGUCAAAUCCUCGGCUUGUCGGAAGUACGGCCUCUCGAAGGCCCCGAAGCUCGUGGAGAUGAUCGCUGCCUUGCCGGAAUCCGAGAAGGAAAUCCUUCUGCCCAAACUCCGGGCAAAACCCGUUCGCACGGCUUCGGGGAUUGCUGUCGUAGCAGUUAUGUCGAAACCACACCGCUGCCCUCAUAUUGCGACGACGGGGAAUAUUUGUGUGUAUUGUCCUGGGGGCCCGGAUUCGGAUUUCGAGUACAGUACUCAGAGUUAUACGGGAUAUGAGCCUACUAGCAUGCGAGCUAUUAGGGCUAGGUACAACCCUUAUGUCCAGGCAAGAAGCAGGAUAGAUCAGCUUAAGAGAUUGGGUCACAGUGUUGAUAAGGUUGAAUUCAUUUUGAUGGGUGGAACUUUUAUGUCAUUGCCAGCAGACUACCGCGAUUAUUUUAUAAGGAAUCUACAUGAUGCUUUAUCAGGACACACUUCUGCAAAUGUUGAAGAGGCAGUUUCCUACUCUGAGCAUGGGGCAACAAAGUGUAUUGGGAUGACAAUUGAAACGCGGCCAGACUACUGCCUUGGACCUCAUUUAAGGCAGAUGCUUUCCUAUGGUUGUACGAGACUAGAGAUUGGAGUGCAGAGUACAUAUGAGGAUGUCGCCCGUGACACCAAUCGGGGCCACACAGUGGCAGCUGUGGCUGAUUGCUUUUGUUUGGCUAAGGAUGCUGGUUUUAAGGUGGUUGCUCAUAUGAUGCCUGAUCUUCCAAAUGUUGGGGUAGAGAGAGAUUUAGAAAGUUUUAAAGAGUUCUUUGAGAGCCCCUCCUUUAGGGCUGAUGGGCUUAAAAUUUAUCCCACACUGGUGAUUCGUGGAACUGGACUUUAUGAACUUUGGAAAACUGGCAGGUAUAGAAAUUAUCCACCUGAACAGCUUGUGGACAUUGUAGCUCGAAUUCUAGCAAUGGUUCCCCCCUGGACUCGUGUAUACAGAGUUCAGCGUGAUAUUCCUAUGCCACUAGUCACUUCUGGAGUCGAGAAGGGAAAUCUUCGUGAGCUAGCUCUAGCUCGCAUGGAUGAUUUAGGCCUGAAAUGUCGAGAUGUUCGAACGCGUGAAGCUGGAAUCCAGGAUAUUCACCACAAAAUAAAGCCAGAAGAAGUCCAGCUUGUUCGCCGUGAUUACACUGCAAAUGAGGGCUGGGAAACGUUUCUUUCAUAUGAAGACACUCACCAGGAUAUACUUGUUGGAUUAUUGCGGUUGCGUAAGUGCGGGCGCAAUGUAACUUGCCCAGAACUCACAGGGAGGUGUUCUAUAGUACGUGAAUUACAUGUUUACGGUACUGCGGUUCCCGUUCAUGGUCGAGAUGCUGAUAAACUACAACACCAGGGUUAUGGGACUCUACUAAUGGAGGAGGCUGAGCGAAUUGCUCUGAGAGAGCACCGCUCCACAAAGAUGGCAGUGAUUUCGGGUGUCGGAACAAGGCAUUACUACAGGAAGUUGGGCUAUGAGCUCGAAGGGCCCUAUAUGGUGAAAUACCUCAAUGAGGAAACUAUAGUGCAAUCGCGACAUGGAAUCUGAGUUAGGCCGUGUAACAUGUAAGCUCAGUAGCUUUUAUACUGAAAUGGUAUUUUCCAGUUGUAACUUAUGACUUACAAUUGUGCGUGUUUGUCAUACAUAUAUUUUCUUAAUCUUUAACAUGGUAUUUAGGCUUUCAAAUGUUAUGAAAGCUCUUUUUGGUUGGUCC